GCACUGGAACGGCGCAUGUCAGGAAGUGGCGCUGUGAAGGUGUCGUUUGUCGAAAUCGGCGAUCUGUGCUUCGCUACCAAGGUGAACGAUAAACAAAUUAUCUUCUGCAACAACCACCACCAACAACCGGGCCACAGUAACGAGGGGCCCGUUAGAAAAGGGGCCGAUGUAUCUUCGCACGGUUCAGUUCCUCGUCAGUUGUCAUCCGGAGCGGACCGAAAGCGAGCGCAGGCAGAGCAGCGUAUUGUGGCCGCGGUUGGUGUCGAUAAUAGUGAGCUGUUGGACUGUUUGUUUCUCACGGCCGAUGGUCGCGGCUGGCUGAGACUGCCCAACGACAACCGGAAGCUUCCGCCGGUUGCAGCGGCCACGCUGAACCCGAACGCAGCAUCUCGCUUCCUUCGGCCAGCGGCCACUGCGACGACCGACCGCGACGAAAAGGCCACGGUUAGACUCAUCUUCGAACGUUCUCCGGCGACGCGAACCGUCACUGCCGCUGGUGGCGUGCAGCAUUUCGAGCAGUUCUGUGUCAAGUGCCGAGUUUAUCUGCUGGAGCAUUUCCAAAAGUUUCGCAACAACGUCAGCGUGAUGUCGCGCUUGAGCGGUAAGGAUUGUGCUCCGAGUGUAGGACUGCGGCAUUUAGAAGGCGGUGGAGGAGGAACCAGUGCCGGUGGUACCGGGUUCGGUAGUUCGAGUGAUCGAGCGAAAAAACCAUUCUCAAGACCGUUCACCAAAAGCCGCCUUGACACGUCCGCUGUCGGUACCGCUGCAGCAGUUGCCGGACCACCAGUACCAACGGUUCCAAGGAUGACGUCCAGCAGCGGCAGUGUCGGGACGGGUCCUAGUGUGGCUGACACCAGUGCUCUGAUUCGGCAGAACAACGAACUGCGCCACCGGCUGCAGGAGGAAGCGAACAACUACCGGCGACGGCUGGAUACGUACAAACAGGCGCAGAACAAUCAGGCGGCCCUCGUCAGUCGUUUGCAAGCGAAGGUGCUGCAGUACAAACAGCGCUGCACGGAUCUGGAGCAGUCGCCAGCGGCCGUUUGUUCCGGAAGUGGCGGUGGUGUUGGUCCUGGUGGUCGAUAUCACAGUGCGGCAAGCAGGGAUGCAUCACCGUCCUCGCGCCAUCAUUACGGGCCACCAUCUCCAGCACCGGCUAGUGGCGGCGUUGGAGUAUGUCCGUCCAUGGACGGUGGCGGUCCAAUGAGUCUGCCGGCUACGGCCUGCCCUGUGAUUGCGCGGGAGCGUGCCCGAUCGCGUUCCCGUUCGCAGUCUCCCUGCCGGAAGUACUCGGAAGGUUCGCACGACGAAAUUAGACACCAGCUAGACGAGGAACGAAGACGAUGCGAAAAACUUCUGGUCGAGAACUCCUGCCUGCGCCAGCAGUUGGAAGAGUCUCAUCGUACCAACGAAGCCCUAACGAACGAUCUGCAGAAGCUGACGAAUGAUUGGGAAUGUUUACGCGACGAGCUGUUGAGCAAGGAGGACGAAUGGAAGGAAGAGGAGCAGGCAUUCAACGAUUACUACAAUAACGAGCACACGCGGUUGUUGAAGAUGUGGCGCGAAGUCGUGCAGGUGCGCCGUAUGUACAACGAGAUGGCCGCUACGACCAAGGUGGAACUCGGCCGUAUGCAUCUCGAGCUGUCCGGCACGUGUCGCGAGGCCGCGGGUGCCUGCAGCGGCGUUUCGGUGAAUCUGAAGCAAUCGUCGAAAUUCGAGGAAGCGCAGCAGAUGCACAUCGAGCGGGAAAAUUUGGAUCUCAAAUCACAGCUUAGCGAGCUCCGGUUACAGCACGAAGCCGCCAAGCAGGAGCUAGGCCACCGCGACCAGCGCCUUCAACAGAUGGCGCAGGAGCUGAAGUUACUAGACGAACGCUACUCGCAGGCCGACAAUCAGGCGGCACAAGCGCAUCAGAUGAAUGAAGAGCUGGAGCGGCUGCAGACCGCCCUACGCGAUAUUGCUCAUGCGGUGGUGCAGGAUUCAGAAACGAAUUCCGCGGCAACGGCAGAGUUGAGCGAAGGACACCAGCAUCUGCACCUGUCGCAGCCGGUCAGUUCGGGUGUGGCACCGAGUGCUCCUCGGUCUCCCAAGCGGAUCGGGGGCAGCACUGGUUUGCGAACGUCACAAGCGUUCGCCGAAGGCACUAUCUCGGCAGUCCAGGCUGCCCUGCAUAAGUACCAACUGGCGAUACACGAUCUGCAGGUGAAGCUGCAGACAAACAACGACGCCUUGAAGGCGACGAAGAAGCAGUUCGAGAACUGCGAGCAUACGCGCGGUGUGCUUUCGGCCAAAGUUUCCGAGCUGAGCGAAAAGCUGGACUCGGCCAACCACCAGCUCUCGGAGCUGUACAAAGAGCGGGACAGUCUGCAGAAGACGCUGGAUGGGUUGCGGUCCGACAAGCAUACGGUGGAGCGCGGCAAAGCGGAACUAAACUCAAUCGUUGAUAGUUUGAAUACGGACUACGAAAAGUUGCAAAACGUCAACAGCAAAGUGCAGAAAAUGUACGAUGCGCUGGAGGAAGAGAAGAAAAUGAUCGAAAUGGAACUGCAACGUGUUCACAAAGAUAAAGAUCUGCAAGAGUUGACCUUAAGAGCGGAAGAGGAGCGGUGCAGUCGACUACGCGAAGAAACAAUUACUUUGCGUGAGGAACUGAAUAAACUGUACCUUUCGCGCGACCUGCUCGAGCAGCAACGUAUUGAGUCAGACGGUCUUUUGAGUAUUCUGGAAAAACAGAAAAUAGAUUUGGAAUUCGAUCUGGACCGUGUCACCGGAGAGCGCAACGAGUUACAGACAGUGCUGGAGAAGCGUAAUUGCUCGAACGAACAUUUAGAGCAGGAAAUACGCCAACUGAAAACCACGGUAACUCAGCUGGACGAAGAACGUGGCAAACUAAGAGCACAAGCGGGAGACCAGGGUGCCGAUUUGGCGUCGCUUAAAAAAGAGCUCAUCAGUGCAGAGCAGGCACGUUUGGAUAUGGACUCCGAAAAGCUGGCCAUCAGCGAGCGUCUAAAGUGUCUUGAAAUGGAGAAGGAUAAAAUCGAACAGGAACUAAGCUGCGUUGCACGAGAACGAAACGACCUCAGCAACCAACUGGCGGCAAUUUCUCGUAAAAAGGAAACUAUUGGCGAAGAAGUGAUGCGCUUGAGACAACGGCUCGAACAGUCCAACGAGAUGAACGGUCGAUUGAAUCGGUCUCUGGAAGAGCUAGUAAAGGAAAGUGAAGAGAAGACGGUGACAAUUGAAGGGCACGAAAAAGAGUUGCAGAGAUUGCAGGAACAAUUAGCUUCUCUUCGCAGUGAAAAGGAAUCUCUUGAAGCCGUACUCUUCGACACCAACACGUCACUGGAAGAAUCUGAAGCCAAAAAAGAAGUUUUAGAACGAGAAAACCAGGAUCUUCUGAUCAAGCAGGAAUCACACAAGGCACUAAUUGCUCGCCUCAACAAAGAUCUUGAAAAUGCGGAGCGUCGCGCUCAAGAUAUCAAAAUACAGCUCACCAACGCGGCGGCCAACCAAGAAGCUGAGUUCCUACAGAAGCUGUCAAACCUGCGAACGUUCAGCGAGGAAAACAUCAAAAAACUAAACGAAGAAAAGGAACAAAUUCGUCAAACUCUCGAGAAGCGCAUGCAACAGGCGCUACAGGGAUUGGAAAACGCCAAGGAUGUAGAAAUUCAGCAUCUGCGCGAACAGUUCGAAACGCUGCAGUUGCACCUGGAAGCGUUGAACCAGCAGCAUGAAGAAGUAAUUCUGCGGGCGGAAAACGAUAAACAGCAGGCGUUGUUGAUGGCCCACCGUGACAAGCAGGCAGUUAUUGAGAAACUGGAAUCUACCGCCCGCGAGUUGAAGAACGAACUGGAAAAUGGCGACCGUUUGAAGCGAGAGAUGGCUGCCAGACAGGACAAGGAUCGCACAACGAUCGGGUGUCUGAGGGAUGAGAUUGGCAAGAUGCGCACUAAGAUGGAAGAAGCGCGUAUACGGGCAGAAGAGGAGCUUAAUCGUCUCGAGGUUGUUGCAGGAGCACUACGAGAGGAAAAAGAUACACUAAUAAAAGAUGGCGAAGAGUUGAAGGUACAGUUACGCCUUUCGGAGGAUCGCUGCGAUAGCCUAAACCAUCAGCUGCAGGAUACGCAGAGAAAAUUGAAAGAAUCCGAAAAUCACACCGAUGGUACUCGAAAAGAAUUGACCGACACGAGGCGCACUCUGGCUGACAGCAACAUUGAACGCGACAAGUACGCCGACAGUAACAAAGAACUAAGAGAUCAUGUGAAGCGUGUCGAAGAACAGCGACGGCAGCAGGCGCGCACUAUAGAGGAUGCCGUUGCAAAGAUUUCGUCGCUCGAAGAAACUCGUAACGCACUCGAGCAAGAUAAGGUACGUCUCCAAACGAUACUGAAGGAAACUGACAACAACAUGAGCAAGCUGAACCAAGAACUGUCGACGGCUCAAACGGACAUACAAAAGUUCCAAACGGACACUAGCCAAAAAGAUGCCUGCGAAAAGGAACUGCAGGCACGGCUGACGAACGAGAACGAGGAAAAGGAACGCGUGUUGGCGGAGUUGCAUCAGAUCAAGAAGCAGAUGGCCGAUCUUGAGAGCACUCUGUGUGCCACCCGGCAGGAGCUUGGCCGUGCUCGCUGCAAGGCGAAUCAAGACGAGCAUCGCUUCCAUCAGCGAGAGCAAGACCUAUGCACUCGCUUGGAAGAAGGACGUGGUCGUGAAAAACGCCUUGAAGAUCAGAAGCACAAUCUGGAAGUCUGUUUGGCCGACGCCACGCAGCAGAUACAGGAGUUGAAAGCACGGCUAGGCGGAGCGGAGGGACGUGUUCGAGCACUGGAUGAGCAGUUGGUGCAGCUCGAAGGGCAAAAGAAGGAAGUUGAAAACAAGCUCAGUUCGAUCGGUCACACGCUACGCCGGAUCGCCGGCAUACAGAUGGACGGAUCGGUGAGCCUACCGUAUCGGUUGAUGAGUCCUUCGCGGCGCUACAGUCCCGCCCGGGGUAGCCGUUCGGAUCGCGAUGAAUAUCCGCCGCACCAUCACCAUCAUCAUCAUCACCACCAUCAACACCACGGACAGCACGACACGCGAAGUUUAUCCGGCGAAAAUGUGCUGAUCGAUGUCGAUCCGGAGAUGGUUCGCAAGGGUAUACGUACGCUAAUGCAACAAAUUGCACACAUUGAGCGCGAACGAGACGAUUACAAGGCUCAGUUGUGCACUGCUCGUAACCAGCUACAGGAGGCUAGCGAUGGCCAGUUGCGGCUGGAAACGAAAAUCAACAAACUACAACAGCACAACCGUGCAAUUCACGAAGCUAAAACCAACCUAGAGGCACAGUUGGCGCAGAAAGCAACCACACUCCAAUCGGUAGAAGAAACGUUGCGACAAAAGUCGGAGGAGUUAACGGCAGUGCGGGAAAAGGCCGCCCAAUUGGAACAAUCGCUCGGUAGCACGUCCGAGGAAAAGGUGCAUCUUGAAGAACGAUUGGAAAAAUGUCGCCAGACUGGUGCCCGUCUCGAGUCGGACAAGCGUCACUUGCAGGACGAACUGAGCCGCACCGAGGGUCGCGCCUCCAAGCUUGAUCUGCAGCGGGUCGCACUUGAGGGAGACAUCCAGCGUUUGCAAAUGGCCAUGCAGGAGAAGGACUGCACUAUACGCAAUCAGCAGGAGCGCCUCGAGAACCAGCAAAGAUCGUUGACACAGCUGGAAGAUCGUUGUGUAGCUCUGAAGAGUACUGUCGAUCAACUGAAGGAGCGGCUACAGGCGGCUGCUAUCACGGAGACGGAACUUCGGGGCGAGAUUGCUGGGUUACACCGUCAGCAUACCAACCAAGGGCAUACGGUGGCGCUCGAACAAGAUAAACUGAAGCAGUUGCAGAAAACGCUCACAAAGAGCGACAACGAGCGGCGCGUGCUAGCUGAACGGUUAGAAGCUGCUCAGCAUUCCAUCAACGAGUUGCGUCGAAAUCAGCAAGCCGCGCAGGACAGCACUACACGGCUACAGGAGCAGCUGACCGAAUGUGAGGUGCAAAAGUCCACCCUGGAAAGUCAACUGCGGUUGGCUAAGUGGAAUCAAGAAACCAGUGAACAACUAGCAGCCACCGGUGGCCUUGGUUCUGGUUCUGGGUCUGGUGCAAUUAAUACAGUUGGCGGAGAUACAGAACUCGCCCGUCAAAUGCUUAGUAUGCAACGAGAGCGCACCGAGCUGCGUAACAAAGUGGAAGCGCUUAGUGAGAAGAUUCGCACUCUGGAGCACGAAAAGCGUACCUCUAACGGCGGCAGCAAAUUUGCCAGCCAUUCCUUGUUCGACCGGUCAGAGAAAAAGAGCGGAGAGUACGAUUCCAACCGACUAGAUUCGACCACCAACCUGGAAUCGAGUGCGACGGUUCGCUUCAACUGUGGCCUUGACCACGCACAGAUCGAGCAAGAAGGCCGCGAAUUGCGCAUGAAAGUUCGCCGCCUCGAGACAAUGCUUGCCGAAAAGGAAGCCGAACUGGCGAGAUCUAAGGCCAAGCUACUCGAAUCGCCUAGUAAAAGCAGUAGUCUUGGCGGUGCCGGUGAUGUUGAACGCUUUCGCAGUGCACAGAUUCAAGCGGAACGGUUACUCGAUGCUCGCGAACAAUCGCACCGACAACAAGUGACUCGGCUUGAGAACCAAGUAUCGAUGCUACGGGAACAAUUGGCACAGGAGGCGAAACGGCGACAACAAUACAUUCUACGUAGCUCACGUGCAGGACGCGAGAUGCAGCAACUCCGACAAACUAUCGGAGAUUCGUUGCGCAACGUGGCCCAGGAUCCGCUCGAUUCGGGUUUGUUAGAAAGUGAAGCGCGUCGACUCGAUAGUGCCGUCUCGAUGAGCCUUCCUCCGGCCACAGGGCGAGACUAUGACCGCAGCCUUAGCCCAACCUAUCGUUAAGGCAAAUGUUUCACACUGCCAUUGAAUGCUGCCAGGGUGACGACGAAUGCUGAACAGGGUCGUACCAGACGAUGAAUCUCCCAUUUUUUGGAAAUAGAACUAGAUACUGAGUUUGAUUCCCACACCUUCACUUGCGCGUUCCAACGAUUACCCCUUAGAAAUUGGAUUCACAUUAGCACGUAGUUUGCUGAUAGGGGUUUGCGUCUAAGGUCAACGGCCAGUUGCCUCAACCAGCUAAUCACUAUUCAGAAAGUCAUUAGAUUAAAAACCAUUGUUGUGAACUAAAGUCAUUUACUUCUGCAAUUGAAAUAAUUAAGAAAAAAUGUUUGAUGCGACAGUGUACGAAUCUGUCAUUUUUGAACUCCACUAAGAAUGGUGUACAAACGCAUAAUAUCGGAAUAGCAAUCACCGCAGCACCAUUGCUUAUCUUAAAUGAAACUAAUAGAAAGAGAUGUCCCUUGGUCGUAUAACAAUAACGCCCUUGAGU